CAGGCGCGGAGCGGGUGACGUCACUGCGCGCCAGAACUUGCGCCGGGAGGCGUCGCGCGGUGACUGCGUCACCAUGGAGCCGAGGGCAGGUGUCUCCAAACAGGACAUUCGUGAACAAAUUUGGGGCUACAUGGAAUCACAAAAUUUAGCUGACUUUCCCCGACCUGUUCAUCACAGGAUACCCAACUUUAAGGGGUCUUAUCUGGCUUGCCAAAACAUCAAAGACCUAGACGUUUUUGCCAGAACGCAGGAAGUUAAAGUGGACCCUGAUAAACCACUGGAAGGCGUUCGGCUGCUGGUGCUGCAGAGCAAAAAAACAUUGUUGGUUCCAACACCACGACUGAGAACGGGAUUGUUUAAUAAGAUCACACCACCCCCUGGGGCAACUAAAGACAUCUUGAGAAAAUGUGCCACCUCUCAGGGUGUGAGGAACUACAGUGUCCCCAUAGGCUUGGACUCCAGAGUCCUUGUGGAUUUAGUUGUGGUGGGAUCCGUCGCCGUUUCUGAAAAAGGCUGGAGAAUCGGGAAGGGAGAAGGCUACGCCGAUCUGGAAUAUGCCAUGAUGGUAUCCAUGGGCGCCGUCAGCAAGGAGACGCCGGUGGUCACCAUUGUCCACGACUGCCAGGUCGUGGACAUCCCUGAAGAGCUUGUUGAGGAGCAUGACAUCACCGUGGACUACAUCCUCACCCCAACCAGAGUCAUCGCCACAGGCUGCAAGCGCCCAAAGCCAAUGGGAAUCACCUGGUUCAAGAUCAGCCUGGAGAUGAUGGAGAAAAUCCCCAUAUUGAGGAGCCUCCGCGCCCGAGAGCAGCAGGCUGGGAAGGAUGUCACCCUCCAGGGUGAGCACCAGCACCUUCCGGAACCAGGCCGCCAGCAGACAGUGCCCCUGAGUGUUGGCAGGAGGCCCCCGGACACACCCGGACCAGAAAGCAAUUCCAUGGAGGCAGCCCCUGGCUCCCCACCAGGGGAGGGUGCCCCGCUUGCAGCCGAUGUUUACGUUGGGAACCUCCCCCGGGACGCCCGUGUGAGUGACCUGAAGAGAGCCCUGCGGGAACUCGGCUCCGUGCCCCUGCGGCUCACCUGGCAGGGCCCGCGGCGCAGAGCCUUCCUCCAUUACCCGGACUCUGCCGCAGCCCAGCAGGCCGUCUCCUGCUUGCAGGGCCUGCGCCUGGGCACCGACACCCUGAGGGUGGCGCUGGCCAGGCAGCAGAGGGACAAGUGACCUCGUGGACAGCCAUGGAGCUCACUGCAGAUUUGCCAUCCCUGUCCCCUGCCACUCCGGUUCCGGUGGCACUCGAGAGGCCUGCGUGGCAAGAUGUGUCGGAGCCACCGCCUGAGCUGCUCGGGUCUCAAUUCUCAGAAGUCACCGCUCAGUGAACGCCCAGGCCCUCCUGUGAGUGGGGAAGCCCCCCUGCGGUUCAUCUCACAGCACGCAGAGACUGCAGCCUCCCAGUCGUGCAGGCUCAGGCCUUGAGCCAGUUUCUGUUUCUGUGGAGGGACAGAGCAGAGGGGCCGGGGACUGAGUGAGUGGCUAAGCAGGGGAGGGUGGUGUGAAGGUGAUCUCGAGUUUGCCAGGGGUGGGCUGAACAGGAGAAGAUGAACAAAGGAUCCGGCUCUCAAGAGGCCCUGGCAGGGACUGGAUGCCGGGUACAGAAGCGCGCCCUUGGGCUUCAGGCUCCUGAGCUGGCAGCACGGCAGGGAGAGCUCCAUCCAUGUCGCAGGAGCCCAGGGAGCUCAGCCCCUGGGUAAAAAGUGCUCACUGCAGCUCAGAUCAGUCCUCAGGUCACAUUUCGGGGAGCCAGCCUCCCCUCUUCCCCUCCCCAGCCCCGCUCCUCCGUCUGUGGACACACACUCCGGGCCCUCAGCCAGCUGGCUGCAUGAGGAGCAGCUUUGUGCUGUGGGAGAGACCGGCUCUGGGAGAAUGGGUUUCACCCCAGCCUACGUCACAUUUGCCCAGUGCCUUAUGUUUUCUGGGUUUUUUUCCUCCAGUUCUGUUUCUAAAAACCAGCCGGAGUUUGGCUGAACUGUCCUUUCUCAACAGAAGUGCUUUUGCAAUUGAUCCCGGGCAACAAGUCAAAAUAAGCUUUUAAGUGGAGAUUUUGUUUUUUUCAAAUGUAUAUGCUUUGGAAAUUUUGAUUUUUUAGCCAGAGGGUUUUACCAAGUGUUGUUUGAAGCACAUUGUGAUGCCUUGAGAGGGCGGCCCGUGCACGCGCUUUCAAGAAAAUGUUCUCGGGACACUCGGUCUUCUCUUUGAAAGGACAUUUUCUCAUUGGUUUUGCCGUGAAAAUCCUGUGGAGACUUCGCAAAGAAAACGCAGCCUUACAUUUGCUCAUUAAGGACAGAUUUCCUUCCCAAGUCGCCAUGAAUAAAAUGAGAGAGUAGAAACGUCUGGAAGCGCCACACCUGGCGCUGGGCCCUCGGCCCUCUGUGUCCUUGGCCUUGCCCCCGCCCGCACGGCUGGUCACGUUUGUCAUUGGGCAUUCAGCUCAGCGUCAGAGGCUGACUCGGUCCCCACUUCAGAGUAGUCACCUGGUUACACUGAACUCCUCACCUUUUCUCUCUUUUUUUAAAGAAUACUUCUUUUUCUGAAAGAUUCUUAUUUUUUUUUUUGUUUACCUUUUUCCUGUGGAUUUGCUGCCAUUAGAAUAGCAACUCCAGGAGAAGAGCAAGUGAGUCAGCCCCCCUUCUCCACUCCCUGCCCCACCGGCAGUGGGCACAGCCCUGCAGACAGGAGCAAGGACUUCGGGGAAUAGACUCACUGGAGCCGGGAGAGGGAGAAGCUGGAUUCUGACCCCACCACUGGCACUCCUGUGUCCAGCCAUGCCUGACGCCCACCCCACCCUCAGAUGGCGGGAUUAAACCGGGCAGUACAGGCACUCAGGGAAGCCAGACUGCUGGGAUUUCCUGUCACUUUAGCCAGAAUAAUCCAGGUAUAUGGAUAUACAGAUAAUCUGAAAGAGUUUCUCAUUUUUAUAUUUGUGGAACAUCGUGUAAGAAAUACUGAAGAGCAAGUGCCUGAAAUAAAAUCCCCACAUGUAUCAGCCUGCA